UGAUGAAAUUCCUCCUUACACCGGAAUUUCAUAAUCCCCUUUAAAAGUUUACUCGGCAAAAAUACAUACAGAAAUUGCAAUCAAGAUUUCAUUUUCCCCUGGUUUUUGUUUCUUUUCUCUGUAAAUUGUUGUUAUUUUCUUUGUUUCCAUCUUCCUCUGUCGAAUUUAAGGGCGUGGACCCAGAAUGGCAUGGAAUGUAUUCAAGUUCUGUACGGCACUGCGUGCCCUGGGUUCUAUAAUGAUCGUAGUGGUUAUUGGCAUCGUUGGGGUCAGCUAUUAUUCUGUUGUUAUAGCCAUCUAUGGUCCAGCUCUCUUACAUGGAGGCACUGAUACCUUCGUCUCUCUCGUUGUCUUGUUCUUCUUCCAUUUUCUGUUGGUGAUGUUACUAUGGAGCUAUUCUUCUGUUGUUCUAACGGAUCCAGGUGGUGUUCCACCAAAUUGGGGGCCUUUACGGGAUGAGGAGAUAGCUGAUACGGAUCCACUGAUGGUUUCUGGGUAUGGAACUCCAGAUUUAGAUGUAAAUCAGUUGCCAGUGGUUAGUGACACCACAAACCAAGAAAUACGUUUCUGCCGGAAGUGUAGCCAAUUUAAACCACCCCGUACCCAUCACUGUUCUGUCUGUAAGAGGUGUAUCCUAAAAAUGGAUCAUCAUUGUGUAUGGGUUGUCAACUGCGUUGGGGCAUUGAACUACAAGUAUUUCCUUCUCUUUUUGUUUUACACAUUUCUUGAGACAACUCUUGUCAGUCUAUCAUUACUGCGGAUUUUUGUUGCUUUUUUUGCUGAUGGUGAGAUAUCAGGAACACCAGGAGCCAUUGCAGCCAUUUUUAUCACCUUUGUUUUAAACAUUGCAUUUGCAUUGAGUGUCAUGGGCUUUCUAAUUAUGCACAUAUCAUUGGUGGCUGCCAAUACCACCACCAUUGAGGCAUAUGAGAAGAAAUUGGAUCCCAAGUGGUGUUAUGACCUUGGUUGGAAGAAAAAUUUUGAACAGGUAUUUGGAAAUGAUAAGAAAUUCUGGUUCAUCCCUGCGUAUUCAAAAGAAGACAUGAGACGGAUACCAGCUUUACAAGGUUUUGAGUAUCCAAUAAGGCCAGACUUGUAUCCACUCCAGGAGCUUUAACUACAGGCAGCAAAAAGAGUUAUUCCAGGUCCUUCAAUACCUGUGGGCUUUGUAUUCUGAUGUACAUAAUGUGUAACUCAUCACCUGAGCUGCGUUUAGUCUUUCAAAGAAUGAACUAAUAAUGUAAUCAUAAGGUAUACAACAGAGAACAGCAGUAUGCUGUUAUUCUUUCCUAAACUCCUGUUUGCCAUUGACUGUAGUGUAGUCGGCGAGAGGGCGCAGUCUACACCUUGUGGUAAUUUCUCGUAAAUCCUUGAAUUCUCAUAUGAAUGGUAAUUUGGCCUUCAAUUUUUCCUUUUUGUUUUGGGUAGUUGACAUACUUUUUUUAAUUUAUUUUUGGAACAAAUUUGUAAGGGACCG